GCGACCUCCGGAAUUCCAGAACUCCGGCGGCCGGCCCCGGAGAACCGCAGCCGGGCCGAUGCAUCCCGUAGACCUCACCCAGCCGGGACGGACCUCCUAAUCUCCCGAACUGCGGGCCGCAGGGAGUUAAAUUGCUGCCUUCCUCUCUUCUCUCUUGCGGUUGGUGGCUUGUUUUCUAAAGGAACGUUUUAUUCACUUUUUAGUAUUUUCUACCGGGGGCGCGCUCCCCGCCUCGGUCCAGAUUCUGCUUUGUAAACGGGUUUUAUAUGUAUGUGUGUGUGGAUACACUUUGGACACCUUACCACGCUUGCGCUCUCCAGCAGGGGCACGGCUUGUUGUUCUGGACAGCCUUCUUCCCCUUGCUCUUGGUACCCGAACGCGGUGUGACCAAACUCCCCACCGCCCCUUGGACGCGGAUCGCUUUGGGGUUCAAGUUUGGGGUGCAAGAGUCUAGUGAACAGGAAGGUCUGGGACCGCCCCGCCCCCGCCACCAGCGGUUGGGGAAGUUUACAUCUGGAUUUUCACACAUUUUGUCGCCACUGCCCAGAGUCUGACUAACCUUGUAGGCGUCGGGUUUUCGGGACUGCAGCCUCCUCAAGUAUUAGCACUGCCUCCCCGAGCCGGCCCCAUCCCUCCAGGCUGCCGAGGUCCUGCCCUCACCUCGGGCGGAGCGCGAUCCCGAGGGCGCAUUGGAGCCCGGGGCCUGGGGCCCGCGCUGAGCAGCUAUGGCUGCGGCGAUAGCCAGCUCCUUGAUCCGGCAGAAGCGACAGGCGAGGGAGUCCAACAGCGACCGGGUGUCGGCCUCCAAGCGCCGCUCCAGCCCCAGCAAAGACGGGCGCUCCCUGUGCGAGAGGCACGUACUCGGGGUAUUCAGCAAAGUGCGCUUCUGCAGCGGCCGCAAGAGGCCAGUGAGGCGGAGACCAGAACCCCAGCUGAAAGGAAUUGUGACAAGGUUAUUCAGCCAGCAGGGAUAUUUCCUGCAGAUGCACCCAGAUGGUACCAUUGAUGGGACCAAGGACGAAAACAGUGACUACACCCUCUUCAAUCUAAUUCCCGUGGGCCUGCGUGUGGUGGCCAUCCAAGGGGUGAAAGCCAGCCUCUACGUGGCCAUGAACGGCGAAGGCUAUCUCUACAGCUCAGAUGUUUUCACUCCAGAGUGCAAAUUUAAGGAAUCUGUGUUUGAAAACUACUAUGUGAUUUAUUCUUCCACACUGUACCGUCAGCAAGAAUCAGGCCGAGCGUGGUUUCUGGGACUCAAUAAGGAAGGUCAAAUUAUGAAGGGGAACAGAGUGAAGAAAACCAAGCCAUCGUCACAUUUUGUACCAAAACCUAUUGAAGUGUGUAUGUACAGAGAGCCAUCGCUGCAUGAAAUUGGAGAAAAACAAGGGCGUUCGAGGAAAAGUUCUGGAACACCAACCAUGAAUGGAGGCAAAGUCGUGAAUCAGGAUUCAGCAUAGCUGAGAACUCUUCCCUCUGUCCCUCUCGCAUUCCUUCCCUUUCUCCCCCUGCCCCUUUACCCAUUUCCUUCCAGUAAAUCCACCCAAGGAAAGGAAAAUAAAACGGCGACCCAGGACCUAGUGGCUAAGAUUCCGCACUCAAAAUCUUCCUUUGUGUAGGACAAGAAAUUUGAACCAAAGCUUGCCUGUUGCAAUGUGGUAGAAAAUGCACAAGAACAAAGAUUAGAGCACUUUUAAAAGCAGGGGGAAAAAAAUAAAUCAAGACUCCACAGAUAUUAAAAUCAACUGUGUUGUUGUUAAUAGAGAGCAAUUAUAAUGAAGACAUAACUAUAACUGAUUGGAAAUAAAGUUGUUACCUUAAAAGAGAAGGAUUUUGAAGAUUUGGACUCACAAAUCAAUGUAAUAUGCUAAAUAGCUUAAGUUCUGGAUAAUGUUGGGAUGUGUGGUUUGUUUUGAAUUUUUUUUUCCCUUUGGGCAUCUGGAACUGACAUCCUUGUUUCUGGACUUUUUUUUUUUUAACCAUGAUAUUGACUAUUGAAUAUGUAUGACUUACAGAUUCUUCUAAUGCCUGUAAGGUAUAAGCCAGGAAUCAUUUAACAUCAAGAAAACUUUGAAAUUUUAUUCUUGAAGUUAUUUAAUAGUGCUUUAAUGUAAAACACAGCCUUAUGUUGAAUCUCAUGGGUUUAGCUGAUUUUAUUCCUUCAUAGAAAGAGGUUCAGAUUCUCCUAGGAGAAUAUCAUAUUUUUAUCAAAGGUAUUAAUCUAGGGUCUUGUUUUUUUAGGCAUUCAGAAAGAAAAGUGUUUCCCUAAGGGUAAAGUCACUUCUGGGAGUUGUCACUGUCCUGCGUGGGCAGUGAUGGACAGUAAUGUUUCUGUUACCAUUUGGUCAGAUUUUGUACUUGGGCACACCUUUGAGAGUAUAGGUAUGUGUCUAGCUCUCUUGGGGAAUUUUAUACCAUCUCUUGCGGCAGGGAGGAAGGAUGAGGGGUUUUACAUAAGGAAAUAAGUCCUAGGAAAUUGGUUAAAGAAAAUUGCAUUUGCCUUUGUGCUUUACCUGAGUUUUAUGUGUAUAGCAUAUUCCAGACUCUGCCAAGAAACUGGGAAGAAUGGCUGUGAAAUUCCUAACUUACUGUCUUAUGAAGCCAGUGUCUUGUUUGUUGCUGUAUAAACUCAUUUGUCAGCCAGUUGAACAAUAAGUCUGUCUCUUAGAACAGAGAAAAGAACUUGGAAUAUGCUGAAUUUACAAGGGGCAUAAAGAAACAAUAUGGAAUUAACCACUAUUGCCCCAGUAUACAAGGUUGUGUGAGCAGCUUAAAGUACUCAAGAAAAACAAAAACUCAGUGUAAAGACUAGGCAAAUGUACAAUUAGGCAGGGUUAAGUAUUGGAAAACUACAAGGAAAGAAAUGAACAUUAUACAAUUGCCUUGGAAGAAAUAGAUCUACUUAGUCCUACAAAUCAGGAAUGGUGUAGAGACAUCCAAAUUAAAACAAAAUAAAACAGAAUGUUAAAAAAUGUAUGCAGAUUUAUGGAUAUUAUCAAUGAGAAGACUUAGCAUGUUACUUCUCCUAUAGCUCUACUGUCCAGCAUGUAUUGUUCCAAAUAUGACUCCCUAAAAUAUAUACACUUUGCAGAAGCUCUUGGCCCUCACUUCAAUGAUCUUGCCACUGGUUGCUGUACUCUUCAAAGUCAGUGUAGUUUUCCUUACUCUACACAAUCAUUAUUCUUCAGUAGUGGUUGGUGUCCUUCACCAAGUAUUCUAUUUUUGUUAUCAGGAGGUUAGCAGAAAAUGAAAUGGAGUACUUUACCUAAUCAGUUGCAAGAGUAAAAGUUAUGCGUCUAGACAAAGAAUUUGAACACAUAUUUGCAAGAGAUGUUUGCUUAACUAGAAUAUUUAGAAAGUAACAAAGACUUUUAAAUUUAAAAGAAAAGGAAUGUUGCUAUUCUAAAAAAAGAACAUCCUUGUAAAAAAAAUAUACAAAUCUAUUUUUUUUCUCCUUGUCACUCUUGAUUCAACUUGAUUAUAAACGCACCUGUCACUUCCAGGACCAAACAAAUCCUAAGCACAAAACCUUGUUUUCUUUGUAAAGAUAAAAAAGAGGCUUUUACAAAAUGGGUUGUAGGCUCAUUUAGCAUGAAAUGACCUGAGAUUUUGUGGUGAAACUCAUAUACACACACACACACACACACACACACACACACACAUGCCACAUACACACCCCAGACUCAUCCGUGACACAUAUACCAUUUCACAAAUUGUUAUCGAUUACACUGAUGAUUUCAUGACAAAGCACAUCUAACCUGGUUAAAUAUAAGAGAGAUGUGAAUCUACAACAGAAUUCUUCAUCUUUCAGUGUCUGUCCAUCAUUUAUCAUCUAGACUCACAUUUGUCUUUUUCCUAAUAGCAUUUAAGAAACAAGAGUUCUAGCCGCCCAAAUUUGUGUAUUGUUUUUCUCCAUAUCAUUUAAGCAAAUGUACACCACAGUAAAAUGUUUUUGGAAAUUACCUUUGCCAUAUUUACAAUUAAUUUUAGAAGCUAAAUUGGAAACCUCAUAUUUCUUUGAUGCAUUAACCUGAAAAAGCUGUGUUUUAGAGCACAGGGUGAAUGUUUAACUGCUGCUUACUUUUUAAGUACAUAAAACCUUUACUAGAAAAAGUCAGUACUCACUGUCUAGGUUUUAAUAAAAUUAACAAAUAUAAACACAUAAGUAAUCCUAUUUCCUUCAAAAAUACAAGCCAGUUUCAAUAAUUUGUUAUUCAGGUUUAUUCCAAGUAAAAGGAUCCACUAGUUUGAUUUUCAUCAUUCCAAUUUCUGGGUCUCAGUUUAUCCAUCACUUGUUCUCCUAUAAGUGAAAUAAGCUUUUUUUAAAAAAAAUUCAUUGGGAUAUUCUCAGGAAAAACAUGACUUUUAGUAAAGCUUUGUAAUUGACUAUGUGCAUAUAAGUUAAGACAUGUUUAUUCUAAGAGUCCUUAUUGUAACAUGUUUCAAAAUCAGUGGAAUUAAGAAGGAAAACGGAAUUUUGAGACUUUCACAAAAUAAUUUUCUGGUCAAUAUACCUUACUUGAUUUUCAGGUUAGAAUUUGAGGUAUAGAAACAAAAUGGUGCUGAAGUUCCAUUUGCUGAUUCAAAGACUUUUGUGAGUCAGGAACCUGGAGGACAGCAAGCCAGCCUAUUCUCCGUCACAGUAAUAGUUUGGGUUUUGAAUUUUACAUAUGAAUUUCUUAGCACAUUUUUAGCCACUACGGAUUAGCACAAUAAAGAGACAUCAAUUUUAUGUAAAUUAUGAUACUUUAUGGGCCUCAUUCUAAUCCAGAUAGCUUUUUUAGAAGAAUUCUUCUAUUUAAGAAAAUGACAAUGCUGUACAUAGGGGUUAUUUAUGUAUAGAUUUGUGGUCCUGUGGGGCCACUAAUAAGAGAAUAUUAAGACAAAAGUAAAGUAUGAGGAAUGACUUGUUGCGUAUUGAAAAGUUUGAAGGUCCUACUUUGGGACCACUGGUUUCUUGGUGAAGAAGCAUGACUACAUCAACAGUAAUUUUUUUUUUAACACAGACCCAGAAAUAGCAAAUCUGCUAUUCCACCUUCAUGACUUAGUCUACAAGGCCUUGCACUGAGAAGGUUUUCCAUGAUACUGCUUAAUUUCAUCUGCACAAGAUGAAACAUAUUCAAACAAAAAUUCUCUGCUCAUUUUAGUAACAUAAAAGGCUGAGAUUAUUUCUCUGUCAUAAAAUUGUAAAUAGCAUUUUUUAAAAUCAGAAUCACAUUUAAAACAGUGGAUUGUUCUACAAAUAUAUAUGUGUAUAUAUACAUAUGCUUCUGAAAUAAGAAUAUAUAGAGUUUUUAUUUGGUUUGUGGUCUUCAGUCGUAGUCAAAAAUAAAGAGAUUUGAAUGCAAAACUUUAUAUAUAAAUGUAUAUUUCUAAUGAUAGUAUAAAUUGCCACUUUAUAAUAAAAGAAACAGGUGGAAACAAUACACAAAGCAAAUGCUCCUCAGAAUUUCAGUGAUUCUAAACUCCCUCUUUGAUGCAGAAGUAUUUUUUCUUUCUAAAAAGUCAUAUUAAAAACUAUACUUCCUGAUACUGAUUCCAUAAGUCAUAUCAUAAUGAAAAUUUAUGGUUGAGGAUAGGUAAAGGAUGCUAAAUACAGAUCUUUAUUUUAAAAGACUUUUCCUGGAACCCAAGUAAAAAUAAAUUAAGUGAAAACUGGGAAUGUUCAGAAAUGAUAUAUUGAACUUCAGUAAAAAACAUAAGCAAAAAUACAUUCAACAAUGUGAUAAUUGCAUUAAAAUGUCAUAAUAAAAAUUGCAUCAUUAAAUGUUCUAUUAGUUGGAAAUAAUGAAUUAAUGUAUUUUUUGACUUUGCUCCAAGUACAACUUAAAGUCAGAGGCAUUCAUUUUAUUUAAAGUUGUUCAAAGUCCAAAAUAUAGUCCCAUGAAUAGAAUUGGUAUUAGCCUCCAUUACAAGGUUGAAUGUUACAAUUUUAAGAAAUUAUUGACACUGAAAUGUUUAAUAAACAUGUUGUAUGAGAAACUGAGCAAAUUAAUGUUUCAUUUUUGCAUUAAAGCACAGAUUAUUCAAAUCAUUGUUUUUUUGAGAUCAGAUUUGUAAAUUGUUUAUACAUCACAACCUUAUUGAAGUAAAAAGCAAUUAAAAUCUUGAGAAGCUCAUGCAUGUAGACAAAA